CAAAAACAAAUAUCUGUUUUGAUUUACAUUAAUUUAUAGGAAUAUGAAUACAUUUAUAUAAAAUUAUAACCAGAAAAUAAAUACCAGGUUCAAAUUGUACUCAUAAUCUUGCAAAGAACUACGCUGGUAAAGAUGCAGGAUAAACUAAUUAAUCAAGAAAUUGCUAAUUUAGACUAUAAUAGUAUAGCAGCAUUACAACAAAAACGUACACUCGCUUUCGUAAAUCAUUUUGUCAUCACAACUGUACAAUUUCUUAACAAUUUUUCUAAGGAAUGUGAACAGAAGUUGAUGAAUUUUGAAGAUAAGUUGGAGAAAAUUGAUGCAACAAUGGUUUUAUUGCAAACUAAACUAUCGUCAAUACCAGAAGUAAACGAUUUAGAAAUACCAAAACAGGUUGAACCUGCACCACCUUCACAAGAAGAAGUAAACUCUAAUACAGAAGAUAAGUCACCUGAACCAGAAUCAGUUCCAGAAGAAAAGAUUGACACACCCGUAAACCCAGAAUAUAUGAGAUUUGUCAAAAUGGUCCAAGUUGGUGUGCCCUUACAGGCUGUGAAGUUAAAACUAACAUUGGAAGGAUUAGAUCCCACCGAGUUGGACAAAAUAUUGGCAAAAUAAUUAAAUAACUUUUAGAUAACAACAUAUAUGAAAUUAAAUAACAACAUAUAGGUGUGAACAUAUAUGUUGGUUUUAUUCAUCUAAUUGUUUAUCCUUUUAGUUAAAAUGCUCAUUAAUUAUGUAGAAGUUGUAUAUUGAAUAUCUUUGUCUCUCAAAUUUUAAUAAAAAAAAUACAUUUUAUGGACAAAGUUUAAAAGGUUUGACAGUAUUUUAAUGUAAAAGCUUGUUAAUUGAUUACUUAAUAGAUAUAGCAUGUUACAUGAUGUUAUAAAAUACAAUUUAUUCAUUUUUGCUUAUAAACAUAUAGAAACAUUUGUUAACAUUCCAACAUGACAACAAAACAUGUCAUGUAUAAAAAUUUCUUAUCAAUGAAUUUAAUUUUUACAUCAAAAUGUUUAUAGUGUAUUGUUAAAUUUUACUUUUGUUAAUUGGACAUGCAUGUAGCAUGUACAGAUAUAGGAUUUUAAUAAAAAAAAUGGUAUUUUUAGCACUUAUUUAUUAGCCAGCCUAGAACUGGAUCAUCUGUCCCUUCCUCUUCUUAUCACCACCAAGCUC